UAUCGCAAUACAUUUUAAUCCGAUCUCUUCAAUAAAUUUUUCGCAUUUCAUUGGUAUCGCAUUUAUUUAAAAACAUUAUUGAAGAUAUUUAUAAUAUGGCAGCUGGGGGAGGAUUCAGGUUAAAAGCUUAUUCUGCAUCGUGUUGAUGAUGCUCAGUGUUGUGCUGGGCUGAAGAGAGCGUAAACAGACGCUACUGAAUUAAGAGACCACAUUACAAAUGUGUGAAAUACCUGAUCAAUAUAAAUCUGAACAUAGUCUUUAGCCUAUAUGCGACGAUGCACAGGCGUAUGUGGAGACAGUCCAAUUCAAGCCAACAAAAGUCAUUUCUUUCUCUGACUAUGCAAGAGCUAUAUCUGUAAACAAUUGACCUAGCUGUAGCCUACAAAUAAGAGUCUAGGAUGCUGCAGGGUCCACAUGUCCUGGGUCAUGACAAGCCUCUGAUCAGGCUAUCAUUCACCUCCUGUGUUGUGGGCACCGUCUGUCUGCCGCUGCUUGGCUUAAUUACCUGCAUCUUCAUCUCCUCCGUUUUCCAUUUCCAGGACUCCACUGACACUCAUUGCAAGGUUCCCAAUUAUCUGCCCUCUAUCAGUGCCUCCAUAAGCCUGAGCCCAGAGUGCCAUAUCUGGCGCUUCUGCAUUGGCCUGCACUCUGCUCCGAGGUUCCUGGUGGCCGUGGCCUAUUUUAACUUCUACAAGGGCCGCUUCUCCACAAGGUUCACAGAGUGGCUGCUCAGCUGCCUCAACUUCAUGUGUGCCAUCACUGAGAACUUUGGCCUCUUGCUGCUCACCUACGUGUCAUCCAAUGAAACAUACCUUGUCCAUAAGGAAGGUUUUGUCCUGUUCAUUGCCAGUUCUGUUAUCCACAUGGUGUUAACCUGUCGGCUGUGGCUGGUUAUAAAGAAGUACUCACUGAUUCCUGAGGACGUGAAAUCUUUCUACUGGAAAAUCCGUUGCUUGGUCCUCAACAUAGCUUUCUGCUGCUUGGCUGCUUACUUUUACUGGAAACACAACAUGUACUGUGAACCAGGGAGCUACACCUUUUUCGCCCUCUUUGAGUAUUGUGUGGUGUUCUCCAACAUGGCCUUCCACCUAACCGCCUUCUGGGACUUUAAGAGCAGAGAGAUGGUGGUCAUCUCACCAGAGGAGGGUAAAGACUUCUGACUGGGAAACAGAGGGUCAGGUGACAGGUGUUCAACCACUCAGAACACACCUAGCGGAGAUGACGCUGUUGCAGAGGAGGAGGAGCAGGAAGAAAGCGCCUUCUUCCAUAUAUUUACAUGAUGUCAUAACUGUAAAUAAUAACUUUAUUUAUCUGGAAGUCAAUUCUACUGUACUAACAUUUUGAUCAUGUUGAUAUUUAACAUACAGUAUUAUAAAUGACAGACUUAGAGUGCUCUAUGAUUUGGGACAGUGGGGCCACUUCGACUUGAUCGCCUUGACUUUAUGAGUAUGUCUUUCUUUAGUCAUGCUCACAUGUCUAGUACUUGUCACUUGUGAACUUUGGGAAAUGCUGACUGUCUUCAGCUCUUUGUAGAAAGUCGUUUCUAAUGCAUCACGAACUGUGGACAAACGCAAAUGUGAUAUUGUAUAUUCUCAGGUAGAGAGGGACAUCUUAAAAGUAUUAAUGGUCUAAUAGUGAUUUCUUUACCAUAACAUACUUAUGCUUAGUGAGUCAGUCAGUCAGUGAGGUCCACAACCUAAAUUAAGGAAGUUACAAAUAAAUGUACUUCCUCAUUUGUAAAGACAGAAAGAGAGAGAGAGCAAGAGAGACGGAGAAUGAAAUGGAGAGGUUGAUCCAGAUAGUACUAGAUUGGGUGUUGUAUACAGUAACAUACAGUAUAUACUGUACUAAAACAGAAAGGACAUAUAUCUGUAUGUCCCUCCACUGUUCUCACACAAAGCUGUGUCUGUUAUCCAGCAGGCAGAGCAAAGGCACUGAGGCCUUAUUUCACUAUCAAAUGAGUCCAGUGGCCUGAGUUAUGGGAGAGGACAGUGAUUAGGCAGCAAAUAAAAAAUGAAUAUUUCACAACUCUGUAACAGCAAGCUGGAUCAUUUCACUUCCAAAUCAUUCUCAGGCAAAUCAGGGACUUCAUCGUUGUUUAGCAUGCUGUUUUUUUUUAUCAUGUCCCAUGACUCCUUUGUUAAGGUAUUGGUAUUUUUUAAGUAUCAAUUUAAUUGUAUGCAUUGAUCAACACAUUUAUUUGCUGUUCCUUAUGAUAAGCAUAACGAUAUGUCACAGUAAUCUACACUACAGUUUGCACACAAUUUCCAUCUCUCAUUUAUAACAGUACAGUAGAUGUAAUAAUAAUAAUAAUAAUUUGGUGGGUGCUUAUGUUUGUCCUAUUUCACACAUGUAAAAUGGUGUAUUAAUAAGCAUGUGUGAUUGGAAAUUAGUUUUUUGCAUGUCCCAAGUCUCCCUGAGACACCCUCGGAGAGUUUGGUCAUGGCCUUCUCAACAUAGUUACACAACAUUAAAACAUCCAGAACCCCAACUUAACUAAAAUAGAUAGCAAGCUAUGGACUUUCAGAGGGAAGUUACAACUAGUCUCUCUCUCUCUCUCUCUCUCUCUCUCUCUCUCUCUCUCUC